CAGUCGUCCCAGAGAAGGGGCAAGGAGUGGUUGGUUGUGGGGUCACGUGUUGUUGUCACACCCUGUCAGUACAUGAAUGGCUACUUGCACAGUAAAAUCACGCGGAGAAAUUCUCAUCGUUAUGAAGUGCGAAGGGGUGAAGCCGGCUUGCUUAUAACAAACAGAGGUUAUGAUCUGAAUGUGUUAUUUUAGAUAUAAUUUAUUUUGCGUUACGGAGGUGUGUUAGAAAUGAGAAACUCAGUUCGUUGUGUCUUGUGCUGUACACAUUAGCUUUCACAGUAACUGGUAGACAAAUCAUGGGAGUCAACCAGUCUACACGCGGCAUUGAAAGUUCAUUGGAUGAGGAAGGUAUGCAUAGUGCAGAAGAAGGACUGCAAACGCAUGUUCGCCAUGAAGUACAUGAACAAGAGACAGUGUGUGGAGAGAGAAGCCCUGAAGAACGUUCUUCGAGAGGUCGAGAUACUCACCACGCUGGAACACCCCUUCCUCGUCAACCUUUGGUUCUCCUUCCAAGACGAGGAGGACCUCUUCAUGGUGUCAGACCUCCUGUUGGGCGGUGACCUGCGCUACCACGUGCAGCAGGAGGUAACAUUCAGUGAGGACUGCGUCAUGCUCUACGUGUGUGAACUGGCCCUCGCUCUAGACUACCUGCAGAGCAAGCACAUUGUUCACAGAGACAUCAAACCAGACAACAUUCUGCUAGACGAGGAAGGUCAUGCUCACAUCACUGACUUCAACAUUGCAACAGUGCUGGAGAACAGCCAACUAGCUACAUCCAUGUCGGGAACAAAGCCCUAUAUGGCCCCAGAGAUAUUUGAAUGUGCAGCAGAUGAAUGUAGUGGCUAUGGUUUCCCUGUGGAUUGGUGGUCACUGGGCAUUGUAGCCUAUGAAAUGUUUUAUGGUGUACGUCCAUUUGACAUCCACUCAGCCACAUCAGUGAGUGAAGUACGGGCACUGUUUGCUGCUGGUGCAGUCUAUCCAAGGUCCUCUAAAGUGAGCCAUGGAUUUGUUGAUCUCAUUGAUAGGCUGUUGUGUGUGAGACCUGAAGGUAGAAUAAGUUCUUUGGAACAACUCAGGAAAGUGAAAUGCCUUCAUGAUAUUAACUUCGAAUCUGUGCUGGAGAAACUUAUCAAACCAUCCUUUACACCACCACGGGACCAUCUGAAUUGUGACCCCACAUUUGAACUGGAAGAAAUGAUUGUAGAGACUCGGCCUUUGCAUAAAAAGAAGAAACGGCUUGCAAAGCAACGUUCACUACGUGAAAUGCAAGGUUCACCCAGUGUGGAUUUGGAUGGGAGUUAUAUUCAACAUCUUCCUCAGUUUCGCGUGUACAACCGAGAGCAGGAACUUGCACGUCGGGAGAGGGAGCAAAAAGAAUCGGCAUGGGAGCAGGAGCUGCUUCAAGCCAUGGGGGCAUCUGACCCAACAGGGUCCCAGUUUACUAGCAGCAAGGAUUGUAAAGUAUCAACCAGUGUUACUAGUAGUGAUACCACAGUAGACACUCAUAAAGCAGACUUCUUGCACACAAAUACCAGUCCAAGUGAAACUAGGAAACGACAGGAAUCAAAGAGUAUGUACCGUACAGGUACAGUUGCACCAGCUGUGGAUCAGACUGUUAGAACUUGUGUUAUCAGUAAUGUUAUGAGAAGAGAUGAGACUGGACGAAGGCAUUCGGAUCAGUUGAAUAAAAGCACGUGUACAAAUAUUCUUCCUCUAGUAAGGAACAAAAGUGAAGUUGUAACUUGUGAAGAUCAUAUGCUUGAAGAGACUGUAAACCAGCAUAAGUAUGAUGUACUGGGUAAAAAACUAUGCAAGGCUGGUGAACAUGGUUCACAAAGAGAACAAGAACACUGCAGGUCAUGCCCUAAAUUAUUUCUCACUGAACAGUCCACUUCAAGUUCACACUUAUCUUCAAAACCAUUACAUUAUGGGCAGGAUGUUCAAGAAGAAAAUAUUACAUAUAAAAGUCAACAGAAAGACUGUAGUAUGCCUAAAAGUGUAGUAAAUAACUGUGAGUGUCAAGUUAAAGAGAAAAAUGUCAGUAAUCCAUCUCAGAACCUGGAUAUUGGCCACCAGAAUCAAAGUCUAACUUGCAGUAUCCAGACUCAGUUGUCAGAAACAAAAGAAAGUGUUACAGAGCAAUAUAAUGUUAAAGACCAUACUAUUGAAAAUAAUACACUUAUACAUGGCACAAUUAUAGAUGACAGUUUAUCUCAAUGUCAGGGUAGUUCUACAGUUAAAAACCAGAAUCUCAACAGCAAUGAACGUGGUUCUUCCAAGAGCCACCUGAAUUUGUCAUGAUGUAAGCCAUAUGGUUCUUAAAUGGGAAAUGUAACAUGUGUUCUAUAAAACCAUACAGAAUUCUGUAUAUCUGAUAUGGCCAAAGCUUGCAGGUUUGGGAUGGUGAGAAUUCAACCUAAUAAUGGAUGGACUCUGUUCAUGUGUUUUGUAGGUAACAAAGAAGCACUCUAGAGAUUCUUAUAAGUAACUUGUGCAAGGAGGUUUCAUAACUUUUGAAUGACAUCAUUUACUUUCUAUGACAUACUAGAGUGUGUUUAUGAAUGUGUUCCUACACAGGGUGCACAGUAACUAACUAGCUAUAUGGCUGCGCCAUAGCUCAAGUGGUUAGUCGCUGGCUUCCCACCGUGGCGACCCG